AUGUCGCUCGCCGGGAUGAUUGAUCCCACCAAAUACGGCAAAUACCCCGUCAUCCUCAGCGAUGCAUUGCUGGGCAAGAAGUCCAAGGAAGUCUACACAGGCGUCAGAUACAACCACAAGCCCGACCCGACGCCUUCCUUGGCGAAACUCAAACCAACAUCCAAGUCAAGCUCCACCUAUGAUCUCUCGUACAACGAUGGUGGCCUCCACAAAUACCAAGGCAUUCGCGCAAGUGAAGACGGUCAAUACGUGCUCAUAUUCGACCCCUCGCGGGAGGCCUUCGUUCUGCACAAAGUGGACUCCACGUUCAAUAUGAAUCUCAUUCGCACGCCGUCCAACAAGGAUGCCGAGAGCUUACGUCAGGAGCACCCG